UCAACUAUCCUUCCUGCAGAGGUUUUCAGCUAGCUCGAUAUUUUUUUUGGCAGCCUGACACAUUUAUUGUAACUAGAAUUUUAAGAAAAUACCACCCAAAACGAGCAUGUCCUUGAGGGAAACACAUGACCUUACACUCAUCCCCAGAGAGGCACAGCACCAUGUGCUGACUACCCUCCCAAUUAGAGAAUUCAGUCUUACAGGAGAGUUCCCAUGUAUUUGGGACUCCCAGUAGAUGUUAAUAUAUUACGCAUGAGUCUGCAGUCUGACCUUUGACUCUGAGAAGUUCCGGUUGUGAGUCGAGCCAAGCAACGGGGUCAGAGCAGAGACACACUCCCAGCAGCAAACAAGUGUGACAGCCACAUUGCUCUCACAAGCCACCCAGCCUUGAAUUUCCAAACAGACCUUUUCAUGAUGGAGACGGAGCAAACAGCUGCGAGUUGUCAUGCCCCGGGCCAAACUUCUGUCAGGACCUGGCUCUCCUCCAGCAUAAGAGCAGCACCCCGGACACCCAGUGACACCACCUCGCGUUUCCAUGGAGACGGGGUUCGCUACAAAGCCAAGCUGAUCGGCGUUGAUCCGGUACCCGAUGCCCAGGGAGAAAAGAUGUGCUGGGACUCUAUGAUGAAGCUGAAGGGCUUUGAAGCAGCAGCAAGGAAACAAGGGAAACACAAGCAGAGAGUUUGGUUGAAAGUUUCCUCCAGUGGCCUGAGAAUCGUGGAUGAAAGGACCGGGGCUGUACUUUAUGACCAUGACAGGAGCAGGAUCAGCUCUUUGACGAAAGAUAAGUCUGACCCCAGAGCUCUGGCCUAUGUCUCCCAGCACCAAGACACUUACUGCCUCUUCUACAUCAAGAUGGCCAACCUGGUGACAGCACACAGUACUACAUGUCAUGCAGAUCCGGUCCUGGUUGACAUUGAGGAGGUUUGUCAGAAUGUGGACCAGGAGACGCCACAAGAAGCUGCAGAAGCCCCGACACAAAACAAUUCCUUACUGCUACUAAGUGAGAGUUCAGCCCCUCCAGCUGAGGAACCAGCUUUUGAGGAUGUUUUCAGUCCACGACCGGAUUCUUCAUCAGGACACUCAAACCAGGCCUCUUUUAGUAAUGAGUUGAUGGAAGUCUUCUCCAUCCAGAAGGAGGAGCCAUUGAUGGCCAACCAGAGCACCAGUCAGCCAGAGCCUCCACAGCCAACGCUCAACGCCUCUGAGAUCCUCUCCCUGUUCCCCACACAGCCAGUCGGGGGCUCUCCAUACUGCUCUCCCCCAUACUCUCCCACCAGCACCUGGGGCCAGCAGGGGCUCCUGGGAAAUCAGUGGGCAGGUCCAGCUGCGGCGCCCUGGCCCACAAUGCCCAGCAGUAUGGCAUCAUGGGCACCAACAGGCAUGGCAGCGCCCCAUACAGGCGGCCAGAAUCUGGCUCAGGGGCCUCAGCCAGGAGUCAUGGGGGGAGGAAACACACUUGCUUCACCCACUGCUGUCAGCGGGUACUCCACCCCUUUAAACUCUUUCUACGCCCCUGCUGGAGCAACAGGACCACUGCAGUCAGUGUCCGCCUCCUUAGACCAGAAUCCCUACCUGUGAUGAACUGGUUAAAAUGGGAAAAUUGUUAUUAAAUAGAAAAUCGCUGCUUAUUGAGAACCAUGUUAAUUACAAUUUAAUUUAUUUUUUUAUUUGCACAUGUAAUCAAAUAUUUGUGUUGCUAUUCAAGUAAACUGGAAGAUUUAAACAAUCAAACAUGUGAGUCAGAGUUACGGUUUAACAAAUACUGUCUGUUUAAACUGGACAAACAAAACAGUUUCACUGCUCUUCUCUCAUAAAAAUAAUAGAUAGUUGAAAUCGCAAAGUAUUAUUAAUAUUAAUCAAUACUAAUCAUGUUAAUUUCACCUGCUCAUACUCAGUAUGUUCUGUUUUAUGAGUUUUACCUGAUACUUCAAACUCAUUUAUUGUCUUUAUUUGGUUUCUACAUGUUACUUUGCUUUUUCUGUAUCAAAUAAACUGCAAUUUUUAAAAGUUUUCUUCAGGUUUGCUCAUACACUGGACAUGCAGAAUAAAAUACAGAACAUACAAGGUAGCUCAUUAAACUUU